GCAUUACCUGUAUGAACUAACAAUCUCAUGUUCUCAUUGUAUUUUCUUCUGAAACCUAAACCUAAGUACUACUUCACAAAAUACCAUUUACUGUCUUCAACCUAAUACUGUGGGCUCAUUUUGAAGCAUACUCUACAAAUUGCCCUGCUGAAAUUCAUAAUUCAGUGUGUCCAGUAACGCAAAUAACAACGCAUUUUUCCUCCUCCAACCCAUCACACCAUGACCCAAAGAACAGGGAACACUCUGUGUGGGGAGAUUCUUAUUGGUACCAUAAUGGAAGUCAUGUGGAUUUACUCUUUGUGACAGGAGGCUGGGGGAAAAAAACAGUGCAUCUGUCCCUAAAUCACUUAUCUGUGGGCUGACUAGGAGCUGUGUGUGUCCAGCUAUAAAGACAAGUCUCUUGGGCAUGUCCGCCAUUAGCCCUGAGUGGAGGGUACACAUCACAUUACACCACAGCUGGACUCAAUUUGUGCCGAAUUCUUACCUGAGCAAAGCUUUUAACAUCACAACAACGAAGCCAUUUGUUGCAAUUUAACCUCCUACAUGGAAAAAGUGAGGCGGAUUAAGGCAUGCAUAAACACGAGGCUGGGGCGCUCCAGGGUAUCUCCCCUAAAACAUCUGUGCCCUCUGUAAUGAUCAGCGUGACAGUAUGGUUUCUUAUGUUCCUGCUCUGCCCUGGUCAACUGAGAGCACAGCUGGGGACUACAGCCAACAUUAAACACAUUGUGGUUGGAAGGUGUUACAAUUACAUCACACUAGUUAACCCCAGCUUGAGGUUGGACUGUGAGGAGAUCUGGAGACAGUUUGAAGAGGCGGUUGUCCGUCAGUCCUCUUGUAAUGUGACGGUGGAGCAUUAUCGUCACAUGUUUUACGCCAUGCCACAGACCUGGCCCUGUGAUAGGUUCCUCUUCUGGAGUAAAACCAGGAUUCUGAUGCACAGCUAUGCAGCUGUUGUACGUCACUUCUGGACCCUGGAGGACACGCUGGCUGGCUACAUGUUCAACGACCUCAUCUGGUGUGGACAAGAGGAAGACUCCGGUUUUGAUUUCAGCUCUUGUCCAGAGUGGUCGGCAUGUAGAAAUCAUCCGGUGUAUUCCUUGUGGAGGCAAGCCUCGCAGAAUUUUGCAGAAAUGGCAUGUGGCAACAUCACGGUCUUACUGAAUGGGUCUAUUGUCAAUGCCUUCAGUAGGAAAAGCAUGUUUGGAAGUGUUGAACUGGACAGCCUGAAACCACACAGGGUGAAUUAUGUCAACAUAAAGGUGGUGACCAAUCUAGAGGGACCGUUUAUAGAAACAUGUAGUGAAGGAUCCAUUGUGGACCUGAUCCAGGUCCUCCAGUCCAGAGGUUUCCGCUGGACUUGCACAGACAAGGACCAGACCCUGAUGAUCCUUCAGUGUAUCCAGAACCCCCAACAGUCCUCCUGCCAAACAUGUGCAAACAGCCUCUCACACAGAAAGAGCCUCACAUUUCAGUGAAUAGCAUGUAUUCUGAUAUUGAUAUUUGAAGGUGGCUACAAUUAAACUGGCUGCUCAAAAGAUUUCCUGAAUUAAAGUGUUUUUCUUUAUACCACA